CUUGUAUUCUAAAAAUGUAGUCAAUGAUAUAAUCUUUCCUUCUUGUUCUUUGGUGGUGACUUACUUGUUCUCCCUGCACAAUGUGUCCUCUUAUUACCAGAGACUUGCACAGGAUUUUCCAAAAGCUGGACAAGAAUGGCGAUGGUCUUUUAAGCAUAGGGGAGCUCAAUUGGCUUCUUGAAAAAAUAGGAGUUCAUUUUAGCCCAGAGGAGCUCGAGGGUUCGGUGGGGAAAUCAAGCCUCGACUUCAACGAGUUCUUGUUGUUUUACGACUCCAUAACUGAAUGUUCGUAUGGAGCAGGGGGGGAGGAGGAGGAGGACGAGGUGGUGGUGGAGGAAGAAGAGGAAGGCAGCAACAAGGAGCUGGAAGACCUCGCCAAGGCGUUUAACGUGUUCGAUAUUAAUGGAGACGGCUUCAUUUCUAGCGAAGAGCUUCAAAGCGUUUUGGCAAGACUUGGAUUAUGGGAUGAGAUGAGCGGCAAGGAUUGUACGAGUAUGAUCUGUGCAUUUGAUACUAACUUGGAUGGGGUUCUUGAUUUUGAAGAAUUCAAGAACAUGAUGCUGCAGACUAGUUCUUGAAGAGGACCAGCUUCACAGUAUUAAUAUUUGCUAAUUAAUUUCUUGUAGAAAGCAGAGAGUCUUGUACACCGAGGAUUUCUUUUGUUUAUUUGGAGUGAUUACUUAAACCGAUGUUACCAUGUCUUGUACUUUGCUUCAUCACAUAUGGUCGUUAGUGUGUAUAUUUCGCUAGGAAUUCCCUGGAAAAAUCAUCCAUUUUGCUCCGAUUUCUUAUGAAGGAUAUUCAGUCUAUUAGAUAGAACGGCUUGUAUUUUAUACAUGUAUACAUUCAUGAAGAAGAAUGAAGCUUCCUGUUCUGUUUAAUGUUAAUAUAUCUGUAAUAUAAUAUGUUUCUUCUA